UUGUUUUUGUUGUAUGCGUGUUUCCGGCUGUUUCCUUAGUCAACUAAUAAGAUACAAAAAGUCAAUAAUCUUUAGCUCUCAAUAUACGAUUAUACAUAGAAACGAGAUCAAAACUCUGUCUUCAAAAGCCAUACAUCAAGAACAAAACACAAAUAGUUUCAUCAUCAAGAAGAUGGAGGAAGUCCAGAAUCAAGUAUUGGAAGAAGCAUCAAGAAUGGAGAAAGUCUAUAUAGCGGUAGGAAGCGAUUUACAAGAAGGUUUCAAAACAAUCGAUUGGGCUAUAAAGAAAUGGAACAACACACCAAUCUCCAUUGUUCUUCUCCAUUUCUGCAACAUUUUACAAGAUUUCGUCUACACCCCUUUUGGAAAGCUUCCAGCAAGUUCUGUAAGUGAGGAGAAGCUUGAAGUACUCAGGAAAUACGAGGACCAAAAGACCAACAAGCUGUUGUCCAAUUACGUUACCUUUUGUGGAAAGUUACAAGUGAAAGCAGAGUUACUCAAGGUGGAGAAGCAAGAUGAUUCAAUACAAAUGCUAAUCUUAGACUUGAUCUCAAACCUCAAGAUCACAAAACUCGUCAUGGGAAUCACUUUCAUGAGAUCUUCAUCAUCAUCUUCUUCAUGGAAAUCAAAGAGUGCCAUAAGCGGAUCGUUCUAUGUAUACCAAAACAAACCAGAGUUCUGCGAGUUUUAUAUAAUCUGUGGAGGCAAGAUGGUUAUGCUAAAGAGGGAGAACGAUGUGAACAACAACAUCAGAAGCUGGAUUGGUAAGAUGUUUCAUGAUCCUGAGAGAAACUUAGAUCGUUCAUCUAGCAGCAAUGAUAGUUCAACGUCUAGUGGAAGUCCAUGGGAUAAGAAUUUGCAGGAGAUGGAGAGUUAUUUCCAGCAGUUAUUGAGUUUGAAUCUUGAAGAAGACGAUGUAGAAGAAACAGAAGAAGAAGAUGAAGAGGAGGUGGCACUAGACGUGCUGCAACAUAUGAAUGUAGCAGAGAAGUUAGAGUAUGUGAGAAGAAAGGUCAAUGAAGCUAAGCUGAUGAUAGAGGAGAACAUGAGAGAAGUCAAAGUCAACUCUGAGAGAUCAGACAAAGCUGAAUGGGAAAUCUCUUUAUGCAACUGCAGAAUUGAAGAGCUUGAAGCUGGGAUCAAAGAAGAAACUGAGAGACGUGAGAAGCUUCAAGUGACUUUAGAUUCUGAUAAAGAAUGUAUCCAAGAAGCAAAGAAUGACGUCCAAAAAGGCAAAACAAAACUAGUUCCCCUUGGUGAGCUACAAGAGGAGCUCUCAAGCAAGGCUAAGACAAUAAUGGAGGCUAAGUCCCAGGCAGAAGCAGAGCUAGAGAAGGUUGUGUUAAAGAAAGGAGAGAUGAUGACAGAGAUUGAGAAACUCAGGAACCAAAGAGAUGUUUUCAACCUUAGGAUUGAGUUUUGCAAAGAGAAAAGGUUGUUGGACUCGAAGUGUGGGUAUAGAGAGUAUGCUGCAGAGGAUAUCAAGUUAGCCACAGAGAGUUACUCGGAUCGUUUGAGGUUAAAAUCUGGAGGUAACUGGACGAAUGUGUACCGAGGGAGGAUCAAACACACAACAAUGGCUGUUAAAGUGAUCGGUGACAGUUUAUCAGAUGAAGAUUUCAGAGCAGAGGUUAAGCUUUUGAGUGAGAUUAGGCAUCCAAACUUGGUAGCUAUUGCAGGGUUCUGUCCGGAGAAGCCUAAAUGCAUACUCUUUGAGUAUAUGCAUAAUGGGAACCUGAGGGAUAAUCUAUUCACAUCACAGAGGAAAUCAAGAAGAAGCAAGAUACUAACAUGGCAUAAUAGGAUUCGUAUAGCUCACCAGGUUUGCUCCGGACUCGGUUUUCUCCACUCGGUUAAGCCUAAACCGAUCGUCCACGGUCGUCUCACGCCGUCUAAGAUCCUCUUGGACCGUAACUUUGUACCUAAGAUAACCGGGUUUGGAGGACUUGUAAUGCAUCAAACCGACACAAAGCCUGAUGUGUUGGCUUUUGGGGUUUUGCUUCUGCAUCUCUUGACCGGGAGAAACUGGCCCGGUAUGCUGAAGGCGAUGUCGAUGAACCAGGCAAGCAUUAUAAGAGACUUGGACCAGACAGCUGGUAAGUGGCCUUUGGAGUUAGCUAAGGAGUUUGGUGCACUUGCGGUGAAGUGUUGUUCGGUUAACAGAGGAGGGAACAUGGAUUUUACAACCAAGGAGAUAAUGCAAGAGCUUGGUAAGAUCAUGGAGAAGGCUAAUCAGUUUAGAAUCACAGGAGGAUACGAGGAAGCUACAAGCUCAAACAUUAAUGAAGCAGAUCCAAAUGAUAUACCGAGUGUUUUCACCUGUCCUAUACUUCAGGAAGUGAUGAAGAAUCCACAUGUUGCAGCAGAUGGGUUUUCAUAUGAGCUUGAGGCUAUAGAGGAAUGGCUAAGCAUGGGACAUGAUACAUCUCCUAUGACAAAUCUGAUAUUAGAUUAUCAAGUUUUGACACCAAACCAUACUCUGCGUGCUCUCAUUCAAGAUUGGCAUAGUAAAAAAGCAGCACAAGCUUCCUCCUACUAGGUUUCUUUUGUAUAUACACACAAACUCAAAAAAAAAAGGUUUCUACAUUUUGUAUUUUUGA